CUGAGUUUAGUCGAAAGUGUCACCGUCUUCUCUUUCCUUAUUCCAUCCCCCCCUCCUCCUCCUUCUGUGGCCGAAGGGCGCUCACAUUUGCUUUUGUUCGGUCAGUCAAGGGGAAACAAUUCAUUUAUUUCCACCUCUUCGUCUUCGGCGGCGGGUGUGCUGGUGUCGGUGUGUGUGUGUGUGUGUGUGUGGAGAAAUGUAGGAAGUAGCGUUAACUCUCCGAUCAGGACACGACGAGGAGGCGACGUUUAAUCUUUCAAUUUCUCUCAAGAAGCCGUGAUUUUCCCGGAGCUUUAACGACGCCGACGCUGUUUGGAAAUCACUUUUCCGUCAUUUAAAAGUCGCUGUAAGUCGUUUCUUUGCUCACCUUUUUUUUUUUUGUGGCGCUCAGGUGGAGAAACUUUUUUUUUCUUAUUUAUUCCUUAAGUUUUUGAUUGGAGUUCGUCGGCUACCGCCGGAGCUGCGGACAUAUUCUUCUUCUUCUUCUUCGUCUUCUUCUAAACAGGGUUUAAAAGAUGAAAUGAGUGGUUUUGCUUGAAAGGCAGAGCUGUGGGGCGGUGAGUUAUGCUGAAGCCUGUCUCUGAGUAUCAGGAUGAGCACUACAGAUGGACAGGAUGGAGAGGCCCGCGUCGUGCAGAUCUACCCCAGGCUGGCGCAGGACACGGCUGCCUACUGUCCCCAGCAGGUCAGCGCCUGCGACACGGCGAAGUCGGUCAUCAGCAACACCAUCGUCACCCUGGGCCUGGACCCCAACCAGGCCUACAGCCUGCUGGAGGUGCGGCAGAGCGGCGGCGAGGAGAGGCCCCUGGAGGCUGACGACUGCCCCUUCGAGAGGGUCCUGCUGUGGCCCCCCCAGGCGCAGAAGUGGCACCCGCAGAGCCACGGCUACUACUUCGUGCUGCAGCAGAACAACAAGGGAGGGCACCAGUUCAGAGCCUGCAAAGAGGACCACGACAACCUGUGCAGCCUCCCCAGCGUCACCGAGGAGAGCGUCCUGGAGGCUCUGCGCCAGCGCUUCUACAAGCACAAGAUCUACACGUACGCCGGCAACAUCCUCGUCGCCAUCAACCCCAACAAGUUCCUGCCGGUUUACUACAACCCCAUGUACGUGAAGAUGUACGAGAACCAGCCGCUGGGCAAGCUGAGCCCCCACAUAUUCGCCAUAGCCGACGUGGCCUUCCGCGCCAUGCUGAACAGGCAGGCCAACCAGUGCAUCGUGAUCUCCGGCGAGAGCGGCGCGGGCAAGACCGAGAGCAGCAGCUAUCUCAUCCACUGCCUGACCGCGCUCAGCCAGAAGACGUACUCCAGCGGGCUGGAACGGACCAUCCUCGGGGCCGGCCCCGUGCUGGAGGCCUUCGGCAACGCAAAGACCGCCGAGAACAACAACUCCAGUCGCUUUGGGAAGUUCAUCCAGCUCAACUACUUGGAAAGUGGCGUCAUCCGAGGGGCAGUCAUUGAGAAGUACCUGCUGGAAAAGUGCCGCCUGGUGUGCAGAGAUAAGAGCGACAGGAACUACCACGUUUUCUACUAUCUACUGAUGGGUGCGUCCAAAGACGAGCGGGAGGAGUUUCAUCUGUUAAAGCCACAGGAUUAUCUCUACCUCAAGCAGGAAGACCUCGAUUUAGACAAUGAGGAGACUUUUGCGCAGGAGUACAAGAGGCUCCACCAAGCCAUGGAGAUGGUCGGCUUCCUGGCCUCCACCAAAAAACACAUAUUUUCCAUGCUCUCCGCUAUCCUGCUCUUGGGAAACGUGACGUUCACACUGUCAGAGAAAACUCAGGUCCUGGAGGCCGGACCUGGCGAAGUCUUGACGACACUGUCAGACCUGUUGAAGGUGAAAAAGGAACUUCUGGUGGUGACUUUGACCAAGAGGAGACUGGUGACUCCCAACGCGGUUGCAGUUUCACAGUACACACUACAAGAGGCAACCACGAUGCGGGACUCCAUGGCCAAAUCUUUAUACGGCGCUCUGUUCGACUGGAUCAUCCUUCACAUCAACCACGCCAUGCUCAAUAGACGAGACAUGGAGGAGUCCGUCUCUUGUUUGUCCAUCGGCGUCCUGGAUAUGUUUGGGUUUGAGGACCUCCAGACCAACAGUUUUGAGCAGCUGUGCAUCAACUACGCUAAUGAGAUGCUGCAGCGUUACAUCAACCAGAACAUCUUCAAGCUGGAGCAAGAGGAGUAUGCGUCAGAGGGCAUCGCCUGGCAAAACAUCGACUUCCCUGACAACAGUGGCUGCAUUCAGCUCAUCAGCAGGAAGUCGAUGGGACUCUUCGACCUCCUGGAUGAGGAGAGCAAUCUCCCUCAGACCACAGAUAAAGCCCUGCUGGACAAGUUAAAGGACCGGCAUCAGGGCAACCCAUUCUUCGUACCCUCUCGAAAUACAGAGCUGACUUUUGUCAUCCGCCACUUCGCUGGGAGAGUUAAAUACCACAUCAAGGAUUUCACAAAGAAGAACACAGAGCACAUGCGUCCUGACGUCGUGUCGCUCUUACGAAGUAGCGGCCGCUCGUUCCUGCAUCACUUGGUUGCAUCCAGCCCACAGGCGCUGUUCAGAUGGGGGGUUCUCCGAGCCACCAUCCGCAUCGUCACGAUAUUUAAGAACAUGGGACGCCAGCGUGCAGAAAUGGCAGCAACUGCUAGACGAACGCCCCGCAAGUCCCUCCGAGAGAUUAAACUGAGCUGCAGCGCUAUGGGUGAGCCGUCCAGCCACAGCUCUCCUCUGGAUUUUUCCUUUGAUCGCUCUGACGAACAUCCCCUUGAAGUAUUUGAGGACAUCUUUGCUAAUUAUGAACAGAGAAAAAAAAGAAGAGGCAGUCGACAUAAGCAGCUAAUUCCAAAGAACCUCAUGGAUUUGCGUUCACUUGGACACAUUGUCGGUAUAACGGAGCACGACCGAACCAGUAAAUCCAUCUUCCACCCUCACCGGAGAGCCAAGCCCCCCACAGUUAGCGCUCAGUUUCAGACGUCCCUUAAAAUACUAAUGCAGACAAUUGACAAGGCCGAGCCGUUCUUCAUUUUCUGCGUUCGCGCCAAUGCUGAAAGGAAAGAGCUUCACUUUGACGACGAACUCGUGCUACAGCAAAUCAAGUACGUGGGCUUACUGCAGAUGGUUCAGAUCCAGAAGUCUGGCUACAGCGCCAAAUAUACAUUUGAGGAAUUUGUCCAGAAGUUCAGGAUGUUGCUUCCAAAAGGAACCACCGCAACUCCAGAGCACAUAACCCAACUGUGUGAGAGGAUGCAACUGGAUAAGACCACCUACCAAAUAGGAAAGACCAAGGUUUUCCUUAAAGAAAAGGAACGGCAACUUCUUCAAGACACUCUAAACAAAGUGGUCAUGCGCCACAUCGUCACCCUGCAGCGCUGGUUCCGGUCUUCUCUCAUAAGGAUGCACUUUCUGCAAAAGAAAGACGCCACAAUGCUCAUACAGAGGAGCUGGCGUGAGUUUUACGAAAAACAAAACCGAGCCGCCACAGUGAUCCAGACGGCCUGGAGGAGUUCCCUGAUAGAGAUACACAACGAGGAUGAAGAGGAGUCGGAAGCCAGGACUGGGCGAGACAGCUUGACAAAGAAAGAUUUGAUGAGGCAGGCGAACGUGGAGUUGAGCCCCAACAGGGCCCAGCAGGUGGCACAGAGGGCCAGGAGCAGGGAGAAACAAGAAGGCCGAGGGACCCCCCCGCCCCUCAACAGGCCCCUCUCCCUCCCUCUAGACUCCGGCAGCCCCUCUAUGGGCAGCAGCCUCCAGCGCUACAAAGAUGGAGACAUAAAGGAGAAGGCCGUGAGGUGGAGGGAAAGACAGAGUGAAGGUGAACCGACCGACGAAUCAAGUCCUGAAGUGCGCAGGAGAAACAGGAAAGAGGAGUUUUGCCUUAAAGGGAAGUCAAUUUCUGCUGAUGAACUGUCCAGGAACAGCUCUUCAGGCUCCGACAGCUCGUCUUCUGCCGCUAAGGUCAGGGUACGUAUCCGCAAGCAGAGCAAACGCAAGCGGCGCUUAGCCUACGCCCGCAGCGGCUUGGUGCUAAACUUUGCUGGCUCCAAGGAGAGCGAGUUCUGGAGCUUUCCGCUGCCUCCCAUCAGCCCCCUUGUGCCCGGCAUGAAGAGCUCAGCCAGUACCUUGGAUGUCCGAGCCUUCCAAUCCCAGGUCAAGAGGCCAGCUGAGACGGACGGCUCAAGGUACAGCCUCCCACCCAGGAACUCCGAGGACUCGGGACAACGCGGGUCUACCCAAUCGCUUCUCACAACCCCGGAGAGGAUUUGGUUUCUUGGUAAAUUCCUGAAGAAACGUGCCCCCAAAACUUCAGACAGUGAACCCGAAAGAAAUGUCACCCUGCCCAGAUACAAUACACAUCCUUACCACAGUCGAAAUGCAAGCAGUGGGAAAGCCGAGCGUAGCCCUACCAUCCGAAUCAGCCGGGCCACCCGGGCGCUGCAGUGGGACGCAUCUCUGGACCGGGAGAUCACUGACUCCAAGGAGCUACGAAACCUGGACGAGUUCCUGGGCAAUCAGGUGAAUGACCUGCGAGUAAAAGAGCUGUCGCGAACAGAGAGAAUUUUCCUCACAGCCACCAUGGAGUUCAGAGAGACCAUUAAAGGAAUGUACUCAGUCCAGAAGCCUAACAUUGGCUACAAAGAUCUGAUGAAGGGCUACCAUAACAAAGUGAACUCACUGGCUGGACCCAAGGAGAAAACAGAAGUCUCUCUGGUGGUCAACCUCUUCCAGUCUGUGUUGGACGGCUUCAUCAGGGGCGAAAUGAAACGGAUCGAGUCUGAGCCAGUCAAGAAUACGAAGAAGAAGAGGAAAAAAGAUAAAUGUUUCGAUAGUCCUCUGGAUCACCUGUUCAGCACCUACCAGGUGAACAUCAUGCAGUCAUGUGACUUGUGUGGCUCGUACAUCUGGGGAAUGGAGAAAGCCUACAUGUGCAGCGCUUGCAAGUUAAUAUGUCACAAGAAAUGCCUGAACAAGAUCAUCACCGACUGCUCGACGCGGUGCGCCAGGCUGGAUAACAGUGUGCCCGGCUCCCUGCACUUUGGGGUGCAGGUGUGCGUCCUCACCAGUAAAGCCAACCCCGUGCCCAAAGUGAUGGAGUUGUUGCUGAUGCACGUGGAGCUAAACGGCCUCUACACCGAGGGCAUUUACCGCAAGUCGGGCUCAGCCUGUCGAGCCAGGGAGCUCCACCAGCUUCUGCAGACGAAUCCUGAGGGAGCGUGUUUAGAGAACUACCCCAUCCACACCGUCACAGGUCUGGUUAAACGCUGGCUCCGAGAGCUGCCCGACCCCCUCAUGACCUUCUCCCUCUACAACGACUUUCUGCGCGCAGUGGAGCUGCCAGAGAAAGAUGAGAGAAUAAGGGCAGUGUACCAAAAGGUUGAUGAACUUCCUCCUGCUAAUUACAACACACUGGAGCGGAUUAUCUUUCACCUUGUCAGGGUUGCGAAAGAAGAGGAGCACAAUAAGAUGUCGCCGAGUUCUCUUGCCAUUGUGUUUGCCCCCUGCAUCCUGCGUUCGCCUGACGCUGACGACCCGUUCCUCGGCAUGAAGGACGUGUCCAAGACGACGCUCUGUGUGGAGAUCCUGAUCUCUGAGCAGUUCAGGCGCUACAAAGAGAAAAUGCAGAACAUCCAGGAGCUGGAAUACGCAGAGGCCCUGGCUGUCAAUCAGCUCAGACUAAGGAGACAAAACACGAUAGUUGAAAUGCCUUCAGAGCCUCCUGAUGAAGAGACAAACCUCAUAGAGAGAAUCAGGUCCAUCAAGCAAGAAAAGACCAAGUUGGCGUUGGGACUGCCUGACCUGGAGCAGGAGAACUCUGACAAUGACAACCUGGACUCAUCGUCAUCGAUGAGCAACGAGAGCAUCGACGACCGACUGUGCAGCCUGGAAUCGGAAGGAAAGAUGACCGUGCAGGUGAAAACCCAGAUACCCGAUUGCCCGCAUAAACCUCCUGACCUUGCUCAGAGAGUCCGAACCCUCAUGGCUGACUCAGACCAUGAGCAGAGAGAGUUCACAUCAAGACAACAAGAAGAUGUCAACCUGUCCAUGUGCUUCCUACCCAGCCAAGACCCCCUCCCCGCAGCCAACAGUCCUCAGGGCAAAAGGAAGACUCUGAAUGGGAGCUUUGACGACCUGGACAUCCCUUACAUCGAUGAGGACAACGAAGAAGAAUAAGACCAUUAGCCAUAUUUUGAAUAUUCCCAAGUUUAUGUUAAUAGAAGCAAAAAAAAAAGUAAGAAUAAUUGCACUUUGUUUUACAGACUUUUCAAUUUGUCCAUGCUGCUAUGGAAACAAAGUGCUUGGAGAAUUUAUAUGUAUAUAGUGGGAAAUAAUGCUGACCUCCUUCAGGGAUUUUAUAUCAGGUCUAGAGAAACUAGUCAUCCUUAUAUUAGCCCGCGAUUGUUUUUGUUUUUUUAACGUAUCAGAAUUGUACAGUACACAUUUUUAUAAAAUGCCGAUAUUGUAUGACGAGUUCUGUAGAGGAAAAUGGCACGACAUGACGAGAAGCAAUCAAGUAUACAAGUGUUUCUUUUAAUAAUGAACAAUACUGUGAGCUCGAUUGUUGUGGUAGAAACGGGAGUUUAUUUUGUUUGUGGAGAUAAAAUAUCUCUUAACUUUGUAUAUAAAGUGAUUCCCCAUUGUACAGAGUUUGAUGUUUGGGCAGUUGUUGAGUGCACCUUCAGAAACCAUUAGUCUUAUGGGUUUUCCACCAUUUUCUUGUGAGAUAUAUAUAUAUACUACUAUGACUGAACACUGAUUCAGAAAAUGAAUUGCUGCCUUUUACAUGCUUUGACGGACUAUCUUUGUUCACGCCACCAAGUCAACCUAUGUCGAUGCAUUCAAAUGGUUUUAUUUUUAUUUGCAUGUCUGUGUGUUUUACAAGAGGUGGGAGUAAUGCAAAUUGGUGAACAAGUCUGACUUAUGUCACGAACUGAAAUAAACAGCCAAUUUUUUCAGACCUGUUCAGACGUGGACUGCACUAGAACUUGAAGUUGUGUUGUCACAUCUGGCACCAAGAAGUCAGCAGCAGACCUUUUAAGUCUACCAGCAUCGACUUCUCAGCAACGAGCUACAGUAGCUCGUCUGUUGGAUUCAACCACACAGACGUGCCUUCAUUCCCUACGUGCCAUUGACACUGUUGCAGUGACCGCUUUUCCUUCCUUGGACCACUUCUGAGACGAGAGCUGCAGUUUUGGACACGCUCUGACGCAGUCGUCCUGCCAUCAAAGAUUGUCCCUUGUCAAAGUCACUUAAGUUGUUCUACUUCUCCCAUUUUUUUUUCUUCAUUUAACAUCAACUUUUAGGACAAAAAUGUAAUAAUAAAUGUAAAAUGUAAUAAAUCCCGCCCUCUGACUGGUGCCAUAAUAACCAAA